AUGUCCACGGAAAUCAGCUUCGUUUUGCUUCUGUUUGUGCUGCUGCCUGUGCACAGGGCAACAGCCUCGUCCUGUCCUGAUUUGGACCCACGACUGAAACUGUGGACCCCUGGGCAUGAUGAAUACAACUUGGUCAACAUCAGCCGUGGCCAAGAGCUCCUGUUAUCUUCUUCGGCAACUGUCCAUUCCAUCCUCAUCACAAGUGGAGGAAAGCUGGUGAUUAAAGACAACACAGGCUCCAUUGUUUUGCGCACUCGACACAUCCUGAUCGAAAACGGCGGAGAGAUGCACGUCGGGAGCGAGAGCUGUCCUUUCCGGAGCAACCUGACAAUCAUCCUGUACGGACGUGCGGAUGACGCUACCCAGCCAGACGGUUACUUUGGGCAGAAGUAUAUCGGGGUAGGCAGCGGUGGCACCCUCGAGGUCCACGGCGAGAAGAAGCUCUCCUGGACGUUCCUCAACAAGACCUUGAAUCCCGGCGGCUUGCAGGAGGGCGGCUACUACUUCGAGCGGAGCUGGGGGCACCGCGGCAUCAUCGUCCACGUAAUUGACCCGAAGACGGGAUCCGUUGUCCAUUCCGAUAGAUUUGACACCUAUAAACUCAAGGGCGAAAGCCUCCGCCUCGUCUGGUACUUGAACGCAGUUGCUGACGGCAUGAUCUUGUCGGUUGCGGUGAACGACGAAGGAUCCCGAAGCUUGGAUGAUUCGGCUCGGAAAGCCAUGACCAAGCUGGGCAGCAAGCAUUUCCUCCACCUCGGUUUUAGACAUCCCUGGAGUUUUAUCACAGUAAAAGGGACUCCUUCUUCUUCGGUUGAAGACCACAUAGAAUACCAAGGAUACAGAGGGUCGGCGGUAGCCAAAGUAUUCAAACUAUUUCAGGCAGAGAAUGGAGAGCACUUUAACGUGUCUUCGACCAGUGAGUGGGUUCAAGAUGUCGAGUGGACAGAAUGGUUUGAGAAGCCAGAAAAGGCAAAGUCCAAAGGCGGAGAAAGACUUCUAGACUUCAAAGCAGCUCACCCAGAACUCUGCGAUCAUCCUGUCGACAUCCAGGCGGUCACGCUGGACGGAGCCCAACUGACAACGGAGGUUCUCUACAAAAGCGGCCGCGAUUAUAGGUUUUUCUGCCGUGGCCCAGAACAGACCGACGGGAGCUGCCGAAACUACCGCGUCCGUUUUUUAUGUGGUAAAAACGUGAGACCCAAGCUUACCGUAACCGUCGACACAAACGUGAACAGCACCGUUCUAAGAUUAGCGGACGAUGUGCGGUCGUGGAAGGCGGGCGACAGAAUCGUGGUGGCCAGUACGGAUUAUUCCAUGUACCAAGCCGAGGAAUUCCAGAUCUUGCCUUGCCGGGCCUGUAGACCCAACGAAGUCAAAGUGGCAGGGAAAGCGACCUACCUUCACACGGGAGAGGAAAUUGACGGCGUCGACAUGAGGGCAGAAGUUGGCCUGCUGAGCCGCAACGUUGUGGUGAUGGGAGAGAUGGAGAAAGCUUGCUACGACUACAACAGCGGCCUCUGUUCCUUCUUCGAUUUCGACACCUUCGGGGGACACAUCAAGGUCGCUCUUGGAUUUAAAGCCGUCCACAUGGAAGGGGUAGAGCUGAAACACAUGGGCCAGCAAUCCCUGGGACACUACCCGAUCCACUUCCACAUGGCUGGAGACGUGGAUGAGAAGGGAGGCUACGACCCACCCACCUAUGUCAAAGACCUGGCCAUCCAUCACGCCUUUUCCCGUUGCGUGACCAUCCAUGGCUCCAACGGUUUACUGGUGAAGGACGUUGUCGGUUAUGACACCUUGGGGCAUUGCUUCUUUACCGAGGACGGGCCCGAGGUACGCAACACGUUCGAUCACUGCCUCGGACUGGUGGUGAAACCGAGCACGUUGCUCCCCUCCGAUCGGGACACAAGGAUGUGCAAGACUAUUACAGAGGGAGCGUACCCGGGAUAUGUCCCCAAACCUAGACAGGACUGCAACGCCGUGUCCACCUUCUGGCUGGCCAACCCGCACAACAACCUGAUAAACUGUGCAGCUGCGGGCUCUGAAGAAACUGGAUUUUGGUUUGUUCUGCAUCACGUGCCAACAGGACUGUCUACUGGAAUGUAUGCCCCCGGCUACUCAGAGCACCUUCCGAUGGGAACGUUCUACAACAAUCGGGCACAUUCCAACUACAGAGCUGGAAUGAUAAUUGAUAAUGGCGUUAAAACGACACCAGCAUCUGCCAAAGACAAACGACCCAUCUUGACCUUGAUUGCUGGCAGGUACAGCCCUCAUCAAGAUGCCGACCCAUUGAAGCCCAGGGAACCAGCCAUCAUUCAACGCUUUGUUGCUUACAAGAACCAAGACCAUGGAGCCUGGCUAAGGGGAGGUGACGUGUGGCUGGACGACUGCCAGUUUGCUGACAAUGGCAUCGGGCUGACUUUGGCCAGUGGGGGAACCUUCCCACACGAUGACGGUUCGAAGCAAGAAGUAAAGAACAGCCUGUUUGUAGGCGAAAGUGGGAAUACUGGGACCGAAACCAUGGACAACGACGUCUGGGGGCCCGGAGGCCUGGACCACAGUGGGAGGACUCUUCCAAUCGGACCGAAUUUCCCAAUCAGAGGGAUUCAGUUUUACGACGGGCCGAUCAAUGUCCAGAACUGCACCUUCCGGAGGUUCGCGGGGCUGGAGGAUCGCCACACCAGUGCCCUCGCGUUCCGGCUGAACAACGCUUGGCAAAGCUGCCCGAACAACAACGUCACAAACCUACACUUCGAAGAUGUCCCAAUUACUUCUAGAGUAUUUUUCGGAGAACCGGGGCCCUGGUUCAAUGGGCUGGAUAUGGAUGGGGACAAAACGUCGGUUUUCCAUGAUGUAGACGGUUCUGUUUCCGAAUAUCCUGGGUCGUAUCUCAUCAAGGAAGAUAACUGGUUGAUCAGGCAUCCAGAUUGCAUUGAUGUUCCAGAUUGGAGGGGCGCUAUCUGCAGCGGACGCUAUGCGCAGGUAUACAUCCAAGCCUACCGGUCGCCUAAUCUGAAAAUGAAGAUCAUCAAAAGUGACUCCUAUACGCAUCCUCUAUACUUGGAGGGGGCUUUGAGCAAGAGUACCCACUAUCAGCAGUAUCAGCCUGUGAUAACUCUACAGAAAGGCUACACUAUCCAUUGGGACAAGACGGCUCCCGAGGAAUUAGUUCUUUGGCUGAUUAAUUUCAACAAGAACGACUGGAUCCAAAUUGGGCUUUGUUAUCCAAGAGGGACAACGUUUUCCAUUCUCUCAGACAUCCACCAUCGGCUUUUGAAGAAAACGGAAAAAACCGGCAUUUUCUACCCAUCUCCUCAAAUGGACAGACUUGAGUAUCGAUACCCUACAAAAGGGUACUACUAUUGGGACGAUGAAACCGGACUGCUGUUUCUCAAGCUAAAAGCUCAGCAUGAGAAAGAGCCGUUUGCCUUCUGCUCUGUCAAAGGCUGUGAGCGAAUCAGGAUCAAAGCCAACCUCCCCAAGAAAGCGCAGAUCAGCGACUGCCAAGCUAAGGCCUAUCCGAAGUACGCCGAGAAACCCUCUGUGGACGUGCCGAUGCCCAAGAAGCUGCCUGGCACACAAAUGGACCGUUUUGUGGAGCUGAAGGUGGAAAGCUACAAGACCAGAUACUUGCAUCUUAAGGACGACUUUGCUUAUAUCUCAGUUGAUGGCAAGAAGUUCUCUCUCUCUGAAGAAGGUAUCCAGGUAGUUGUGGUAGACGGGCACCAUGGGAAAGUGAUCGACCAAAUGAGCUUCAGAAACUCCAUCCUCCAAGGAAUUCCAGGACAGAUAGAUAAUUAUGUCAGCAACAUCAGGAACAACUCUAUUGUGGUGAUGAUGUCUAAAGGAAGGUUCAUUUCAAGAGGCCCUUGGACAAAAGUCCUGGAGAAGCUCGGAGCGCAGAGAGGCUUUAAGUUGAAAGAUAAAAUGGCAUUUGUCGGAUACAAGGGCAGCUUCCGGCCCUUCUGGGUCAGGCUGAGCACCGACGACGAGGCUGUGAAGAUCUUCCAAGCCUUACCAGUCCCUGUGGUGAAGAAGAUGAAGUUGUGA